CUUAAAGAAGAAGAAAUUCCAAAUUAGAAAUGUUAAAAAGUUUUGCAGGUCUGCGCUUGUUUUUGCCCAUAUAAAUUGCUAAAAGCUGCAUAUGUGUGCCUAAAACAGCGCCUUCGUUUCGCCAACAUCAGCGGACAAGGGCCAAGAGCAACAAUAAACGCACACAGCAGCAAACAAAUUUUUUUGCACUCAUUGUUGCCAUUGCAAAAAUACAAAUCACCAUCACGACUAAACCAACAAGAACAACAACAACAAUAGCACCUGCUGCAAAAUGGAGGCAGAAGGUCUGACAAAUGAGCAAACAGACAAGGUGCUGCAAUUUCAAGAUCUGACAGGCAUCGAGGACAUGAACAUAUGUCGCGAUGUUCUCAUACGACAUCAAUGGGAUCUAGAGGUUGCCUUCCAGGAGCAAAUGAACAUACGUGAAGGCCGACCAACAAUGCUGACUGCCUCCACAGAUGUGCGUGCACCCGCGGUCAUCAAUGAUCGCUUCCUGCAACAGGUUUUCUCCGCCAAUAUGCCUGGCGGCCGGACUGUUAGCAGGGUUCCCAGCAUCGGUCCGAUGCCGCGAAAUAUUACCGGCAUUGUGGGCUAUGUGAUUAACUUUGUGUUCCAGUACUUUUACUCAACGCUUUCGGGUAUUGUACGUGCAUUUCUAAACUUUGGUGGUGGCAAUGAGCCGCGCCUUGUGACAGAUCCGGUUGCUGAUGUGAUGAAGUUUAUACGGGAGUACAACGAGCGGUAUACUGAGCACCCAGUUUUCUACCAAGGCACUUACGCCCAGGCAUUGAACGAUGCCAAGCAGGAACUGCGCUUUUUGCUCGUAUACCUGCACAAGGAUCCUAGCAAUAAUCCCGAUAUAGAUUCAUUCUGUCGCGAUACGCUUGCUUCGCGCCCUGUUAUUGAUUAUAUCAACGCACACACCCUUUUAUGGGGCUGUGAUGUUUCCACGCCGGAGGGCUACCGCGUCAUGCAGUCGAUCACAGUGCGUAGCUUUCCAUUGAUGGUUAUGAUAAGCCUGCGAUCGAAUCGUAUGAUGAUUGUGGGCAGAUUCGAGGGCGACUGCACGCCAGAGGAGCUGCUGCGGCGACUGCAGGCGGUGAUAUCAGUCAAUGAAGUGUGGCUCAGUCAGGCACGCGCCGAUCGCUUGGAACGCAAUCUUACACAGACGCUACGACGUCAGCAAGAUGAGGCUUAUGAACAGAGUUUGCUUGCCGACGAAGAGAAGGAACGUCAGCGUCAAAGGGAGUUGGAAGCUGUGCGUCAGCAACAAGAGGCCGAAGAGCGUGUACGUCGUGAUGUUGAGCUGCGAAAGGAGGAGAUUGCCAGACAAAAGAUCGAAUUGGCGUCUCUCGUGCCCUCUGAGCCAGCGUCAGAUGCGGCUGAUGCCAUUGCAGUCGUCUUCAAGCUGCCUAACGGCACGAGACUGGAACGACGCUUCCAGCAGUCAAAUUCCAUUCUAGAUGUAUAUCAUUUCUUGUUCUGCCAUCCCGAGUCGCCAGAUGAAUUCGAAAUCACAACGAAUUUUCCUAAACGUGUACUGUACUCUAAGGCAGUCGUGGACGCAGCCGAAGGAGCGGCGCAUGAAAUUGUUAACAAAACUCUCCAGGAUGUCGGGCUUAAGAACCGGGAGGUGCUCUUUGUCCAUGAUUUAGAUGCGUAACCAAGUUCUACCACCAAAUGGAAAAAAUUGUGUUACCAGCAACGCAUUACCAAAAAACUUGAACCAAGUUUUAAGUAGCCGUAGUCCUCCCUCUUUUGGCAGAUAAACUCAAAGAAGCAGUAAUAUUCCUAAUUUAAACGUGAACAUAUUAUACACAGUUGUUUAACAA